UCCAACAAAUUGUAAGUAUCACCUCUCUGCUCUUGUUUAAUGUUCCUUAAUAUUCUUUUUUAUAGCAUUUACAUAAUUCCUCCACAGCACUAAUACAAACCACUGUUCCCCAAACCAGCAGUAUGCGCCUCUCUCCCUAAAUCAGCACUACGCGUUGUGUUCCCAAAGCGGCAUUAUGCGUUUAAGAAUACCCCUCUCGCUGGCGCCCAAUAAUCACAUGCAAGGAUGGUGCUCCAUCUCUCUGGUAUCAUGUUUCUCUUUCUUCACCACUUAUCCAUUUUUGGGCAGUUGAUGCUGGGGAAAACAACGCUUCUCCUUCUCUUCCACCACAAGCUUGUGAGUCUGCGAAUUUCAACACUUACUGUAACAGGCGAUAUGAAUUGGUUAAGCGAGCUUACUGGUUUCGACGACUAUUCUCAACAGUUCAAGGACACCCCCAAGUUCAAAAUGGACCUGCUAUCAGCUUCAAACCUCUCUUUAUCCAGAUCCAGUUCAAUCACUAAUGUCAGUGACAGCUUUAGCUCUUCCAACAAUUCCACUCUCAACAGCAUGAACAACGGCUGCAAUCCUCGCUUUAAUGACAAUGAACUUACCAAUGAUUCAAUCCCAGUGACGAAAUUACCUGCUGCUCACAGCUUGAUGUUCUAUUAUACCCUACUAAGAAAACAGUUUACUAUAAGAAAUAUUGUUUUAAGACUAUACAGUAUUUUGAAGUUAAAGGAUUAUGAAUUUGAAGAGACUAUAUUAAAUAUCUUGGAAUUUUUCUGUUAUAUAUUCGAAUUUCUCUUUAAAAACAAGAAAAAAAGACAAAAAUUAAACUCUUUUUUCAAAUUUGUUAACCAUUUUAUUAUAAUUAUCAGAUUUAAGGUCCUAAUAACUAAAAUUAUAAAAUUGGUUGAAUUGAUUAAAAUUAAAAGAAACUCAAUGAAUCAAGAUCGAUCCGAAAUAAGAUUAAUAAAUAACGAUACCGAUAAUGAUAAUAGUAAUGAUAAUGAUUUUGAAUUAGUUUGGAAUUCAAAUAUUAAUACAAACAACAGAAACGAUUUAAAUUCUUUAACUCAACGUAAUAUCGAUUAUAUCAGAAAUCAAAAUAAUCAUAGUCACACUCAGAUAAAUAAUAACAAUCAAAUCAACAAUCGAACAAGUGAAGAGUAUAAAGAAGGAGAAGGAGAAGAACAAGAGCAAGAACAAAAACAAGAUAAAGAAGAACAAGAUGAACUUAGCAAAUUGCUGAGCGAAGUGGCAAUCGAAUUGAUUGAAUUCAUAUUUUUGUUAUCUCCCAAAUCUUUUAUUAAUAUAUUCAAAAACACUUUCUUAUUCAAAAAAAAAAAAGCAAAAAUCCCAUCUAAGAAAAGAGAAAUAGAAUUCUAAAUUUUUUAUCUUCUCUUUAAAUUUGUCUUUUUUUCUUUCCAAUCCAUUUUAAUAUAAUGAUCUCUCCCUCUCUUGUUCUCUUUUUUUUUGUUUUAAAUGAUUUUGGUUAUGCUUAUUUUUUUUUACUUUUUAUUUAGUGCUUCUUUAUAUGUUUUCUUUUGGGUUUACUAGCUGAUAG